CUCCUCCUCCUCCUGAAAACCUGCCCCUCCUUCCAUCGUAUAUAACCAGUUGCCGAGCAGGUGAAGACCAGACCAACACCAGAAGACCAGACUGAAAGCUUCUCUAGUUCUUCCGCCACCACCAUCAGGAUGAAGUUUAUCACCGCUAUCGCCCUGCUGUGCCUGCUGGUCGGCGCCGCCCUGGCAAUGCCCUACCCUUACGCUGAGCCUGACGCCCUGGCCUUGCCCUUCAGAAGGGGCCACUACGGCGACCACCACACCCACAGCCACGUGCACCACGCAGACCACACUCACUACUACACCCAUUAUCCUGGCGGGCACACCACAAGCUACACCCAGUACCACCGCCCUCACCACUACCACCACUAAGUGUGAAUUGAACUGAACAACAGGAGUGGCUUGGCAUCCGUGUUCCGAAACGCUUUGCUCCCUCACCACUCUUUCCUAAAGCCGUUGAGAUGAUUAGCCGGGUUCUCAAGUGUUUCUGCUAUUGAUAAUGUAGACAUUUUGUUAAUCUGUCACUGGAGUCUUAUAAACAUUCUUGAAAACUAGUCUAACUUUAUCUGAAGUCUUUUGAAAGUAGUGGAGAUGCGGCGUAUCAGUAUUUCAUAAUGUGGUUCAGCCUCUCUCUCUCUCUCUCUCUCUCUCUCUCUCUCAGUAAACAUGUCCAGGACUACUUCCAUAAAUCCAUAAAUACACUACAGUUAUUUGGAUGUUUUGUUUCCGUCUUUCCUCCCACGUCGAGAAUUUUAUGCUGGAAAAACACAAAAUAAAAAAAAUUAAAAAAAAAAA